AAACGCUGAGAGUUCUUUACUCAAAUUAUGCGCGUUUCUUCCUUGCUUAAAACUUCGUCAACACGUGACAUUUCCUUUUAUUUUUUUAAAUUUUAACAAGUGGGGAUGGUGUCAUCAGUUGGUUUGACGAAUAUGAGAGUCAAUCGAAGAGUUACGAUUAUAGAGUGUGCUUUGAAAAAACAAUGUGUGCGUUUGCGAGCGUUUACGUGCUCGUGUUAGAAAAUUUGCAUCGAGACGAGAAUGGUCAGUUUUAAAAGCAACAACGUCACCAGUGGGCAACCAAGAUCGCAUUGUCAGGUGACUGGGACUUCUCCAGAUAAUUUUCGCGAUCAUCGAGGUAGUCAUUUGGGCAGACAUGAAGCGUUGCCGGUCUCGUAUCGUUCUCCAGCAGGGCUACGAUCAUCUUCGGUAUUGGCACCACCAGCAUCACCAGCAUCAUCGCCGUCAUCAUCGUCGAGCGUCGAUCCUACGGUGCAACGCGGUUGCGCCUUGCAUCCGAGGCUCGAACACCCGGUGACCACAUCGACUCCCGGGAUGGACAGCAAAAAGAUUGUCCAAGCUACAACGGCAGUCGUAGCGGUAGGUAGUAGCGGCCAGGUGCGCAACAAAAACAACAACGAUGCUACUACGGGUUUGGCGGCUUCCGUGUCUGGAAUCCGACGACGAAGCGGACCCCAAGGAUUGCGAUCACCCGCUGCGAAAAGACCCCUAUCUGCACCGGUCCACCUACAAGGCUGGCUACACAAACAGGGUUCGGAAGGGCUCAUGCUUUGGAAGAAACGCUGGUUCGUCUUGUCCGAGUAUUGUCUCUUCUACUACAAAGGUCCAGAAGAAGAGAAACUCCUGGGGUCGAUACUCUUGCCUUCGUAUAGGGUUACCGUUUGCAGACCCGAAGACAAGGUCAACAGGAAGUUCGCUUUCAAGGCUGAACACGCAAACAUGAGGACCUACCACUUUGCAGCUGAGAAUCGUGAAAGUAUGAAUCAAUGGGUAAAUGCGCUAACUUUGGCGACCCUUCUGCAGGAUCCCAGUCCCGGCGGAAGAGGCGAGGCUGCAGUGGUCAUCGAAAUAGGAGGACAACCGGAUGGGGAAAGAAGCGCUAGACCAAGUGUCUCUUCGAUUUCAUCCGUAUUGAAUCAAAGUGCCGACGACAGUGAUUCAGGUUUUCACGGAUUUCUCUCGAGAGACGAUCCCAGUCACGCGUCUAACAACAAUUCCAGUCCUAACAGCGUCAACACUGCCUCCUUUCCUAAUCUUAGCGGGAGCAACGGUAACGGAAAUACCGCUUCUAACAACAACAAUUUAAAAGAAGUUCCACAAGUGGCCAAUGGUUGGCUGCAACAAUCACCACAAUAUGGUCAAUCCAGUUCGUCGCAGCAUCAACAUCCGCAAUACUGUUUUACUGAACAUUCGGUUUCUCAGCAACUUCAACAAGGUCAUUCUCAUCAACAUCAAGCGAUGUUGCAUCAAGCGCAUCAAAGUGUUUCUCAGGUUAAUCAACACAAGCAACAACAGCAGCUACAGCAGCAGCAACAGCAACAACAACAGCAACAACAACAACAACAACAACCACAGGUGCAUCCUGGUUUGAUCUACGUGCAAGGGGUUGUUCAAUCAACGCCUAGGAAAUUUGGUCAGCCUAUAUACGCGAAUGCACCGCCUAAACCUAGGAGAUUAACCGAGGGAUCCAACGAAUACUCUACACCCUCGCCCGAGCCAUCUUUUCGAAGAUCUCCAGUCUCACCAGACGUUACUUUAACUAGCAAAAGUCCCAUAUCCGAUUACGAUAGGAACAGCGUUAUUUAUGCUACUGGAAUGAGUCAGCCGUCGCAACAAAGUUUAAGAACUGACAAGUCGGGUUUAAAUUAUGGUUAUUGUCAAGUACAAUCGACCGAAAGACGUACGCCAGACACUUAUGGAAGAAGCGCGAAGCCUUCAAGACCAAACCGAGGAAACGGUGACUACGAAGAAGUCUAUGGUAUACCUCAACUUUAUCAAAGACCAGCUGGGCCAGUCGUUGGAUACACCAAAGCAACUGCACCAGCACCUAUACCUAUUCCCACGUAUGCACAACAUCAACAAAUGCAACAACAGCAACAACUUCAUUCACCAGUCACACCACCCAAUGUUCCCAUAAUAAGACAACCAAUAUCCCAUCAAUUACCACCACCGCGACCCCACAGUGCCGAUUUUCUCGAGUAUGAAGCAACGAGACGACCUCAGCAACAAAACCCCGUGCAAAACGAAGGUUCCUCGAGCCAACAAAAACGCCCCCAAAGGCCCAAGUCCAGUUUGGAUAUAAUGAAUCCAUCGGAUGCGACUAACGACGGCUAUUAUUAUUCGGAAGAAAGAUACGCAGCGCAAAUGCGUCAAUCCGCCGUCUACUUACAUCAAACACCGCAACACCAUCAACAACAAAGAAACCAGUCGUUAUCGCGAGCCACCGUGCCGUCAAAAUUACCAUCGGUUCACGAUAGAAACGGUGGUGAUAUCCGUAUGGCAACUUUACCCGAUUCCUCUUGUUCUACCUUGAGACGUUUGCAACGGGAACAUGCUCAUCAACAUCAACAUAAUAUAUCUACUCAAACGUUACAAAGACAUAACGAAUUGUCCAACAACGAUGCUAAGUUGAGAAGAUCUUUACGGGAAAAAGUUUACGAAUCGUGUGCUCGCAAUUCAAUGACACGCGAAUACGAAUCGUCGACGAAUUGGAACAAAUCUAUUGGUCACCCGAAUUAUGGGCUUACCAUGAUACAAUCGGCGUGUCAAUCAGCACACAGUGGUGGACCCACCAAACGAUGGGCCGAACAGCAACAGCAACAACAACAACAGCAGCAACAACAACAGCAGCAGCAGCAGCAACAGCAAUUUUAUAGAUCAGCAUCGGCACGUUUGCCAAGGUCUCGACACCCUGCUGCUUUGGACGAAGACGAUGACGAUUAUGGUGGACGAUCUUCCGUUGAACAAGAUAAUCGUGACGGGGAACGAAAAAUUCAACAGAGAGAAGAAUCGAUGAAACGUUUGUUGGAAUGGAAACAACGCAUGUUGCAGUCACCGCUAACGCGGAAACCAUCCGGAUCGAUGAACCGUACCAGAGCACAAAACGAAUUAUCGAAUUAUUAUAAACAGCAAGCACUUUUGGAUCUGGCAGCUCACGAAGCUUCGGUAUCGGAAGCUCGUCAUUCACGGAGAAAAGAUGACAACCACAGGUCACAUAUUAGAAGCAAAAGUUCCGAUGGUCGCAGAACUGUUACUACCGUCUCACGAUACAACAGUUAUUCGAGCGACGACGAAGCAUCCGGUUCUGGAUCGGUAAUUGGAAGAGAUCCACUUCCACCUAGAGCUGUUAGUACAUCUCAUUUGGCCGAAAGAACUUUGACUCAACCACCAGCAGUGGAAUCAACCUUAUCAUCUACUUUACCAUUACCACGAAGCACCGCUAAUCAUCGUCAACAACAUGAACAUUUUUCUAUUCGUCAGUCGAGUCCCCAAGAGAAGCAACACCAGCACCAACACCAACAUCAACAAGACCAACAGUUGCAACAACGAUUGCAAACCACCAACGAUUCGUUAAUUUUACGAGCAUCCAGUAACGGAGAUAUCGGAACGAGUAUAGCACAAACAAACAACAAUGAUGCGAAGAAUCUAAAAUUAUUAUCACCAAAUAGUCAUCCAACUCAAAGGUUACAUUCGUCUAGCGGACAUUUGAGAGUAAUUGAUUUGACCGAGCAUCGAAUUUCGAGUCCAAGCGAGAAUGAAAUUCAAAUUCACAGUCCAAUCGAAAGAAAAGGAAUUGGUGGUGCGAUUGGUAUAGACGUGGACCGAGGUGGAGGUGGAAGUGGUAGUAGUGGUAACGAGAUGAACGUCAGAGUAAAUCAACGUGAACUACUUCACAAAAGGAACAAUGCUAGAAGAAUAGUUAGCGGUUCACCUACAACAGCAACAGCAGCAGCAGCAGCAGGUACAAUAGGUACAAUUGGUACUGCAACGUCAACAACAACGUCUACGUCAACGUCAACGUCAACGUCAACACCAACGACUACGCCAACGCCAACCCCAACCCCAACUCCAACGUUGACCCCAACGCUAACACCCACGCAAAUUGGAACAAACGAUCUUGUUCGGGUAUCCGCUGGCGAACUUCUCGGAAGGACACACGAAGAACUGGUUUUAUUGCUUAUUCAGCUGCGUAGACAAAACGCGACUCUUCUCAAGGCCAUGGACAAUUGUUACAUGGAAAUUGAAGCUCAGGCGAGAUUGGCUGAAUUGGACACACCAAGGCGUCUGGAAAAUCUUCAAAAACUCGAAGAGUUAAAGAGACACCUGAUGGAUCUUGAAAAGCAGUACGAGAAAGGAAAACCUUUGGUAAAUCUAGUCGACAACAUGGUGAAGCUUGGAUCUUUGUACAAUCGCAAUACUGCGAACGAAAGUAACAGCGUGACCAAUUCUCAUAACGAUUUAUUCCAAGAAAAUGCGAAAAAUCAUCGGGAUCGUUUGGAAUUUAAUCAGCGAGUACAAGAACAACGUUUGUUGGCUGAAGAACGCAGAGAUUGGAAUAGACUCAGUCCAGAUCAUGGACAAUUACAGGCAAAGGUACAACAGUUAUACAAACUUGAUCGAAUACUUCAGGAAGAAUCAGGUACCCUGCAUAGUCUUCAACAGGACAAGGAAAUUCUAGAAAAAGCUUUGGGAGGUUUGCGACAUAAAUUACAAGGCAGCAGAAGUAACUUGAUUGAAGCGGAACGUUACAGGAAACAACAGCUUUUAUUGGAACGCGAAUUGAGCAGAGUCAGAAUACUAUUGGCGCACAAUUCUAAGGUAAAACCGAUAUUACCAAGUCAGAAAUUGGAAGAAACAGUUGCGGAGAAUGCAAGGUUGGAACAAGAUUUGGUAGUGUUGAGACAAAAAUUGCAAGCUUCUAGAAGAUACGCUGGUAAUAUAACGAGAGACCCAACAAGUACAACGGCUCCUUUAGAAACGGAAUUAAGAAGAGUUCAACAAUUGGUUGGUGAUCUUCAAAGACAAAGGAAGGAAUUAAGCGUUCAAGUUCAACAACUUACUGAAAAGUCUCAUAGUUUGGUACAGCAAAUUCGACCACAGUCAUCUCCAGCUCCGCCGCCAGUUCAUCAUUCAAAGAAACGCACUCAGAACUCUUGGUUGGAAACUGAUUUAGAUUCUGGAAUCACACUUGAUCAUGGUCUUGGUUCACCGGCUAGUCCAUCAUUGUUAUCCUCGACACAUGGAAAACAAAAUCUAGAAAGUCCUUAUCGUCGAUACGCUUCACCAACGCAGCACAAAAAAUUAUCUUCGCCAAAUCGUCAACACGUCGAACAACCAACUGUACAAAAUUCGCAUAAUCAUAUAUCGUCUUUGUCGCCUCAAUUACGUGAACAAAUUCAACAACAUCAAUUGAAGCAACAAUUGCUAAAAGAUCAAAUGCAAGGAAAGGGUAGUUUAAUGCAGAUCAAUGUUUCUCCUUUGUACGUCAACACUGAAUCCAGAAUUCAAGAUACGAACAAAAGCAACGAUAGUAUAACGAGUCAAACAAACGGUGGACCUACCCUACCACCGGAAUACGUUCCACCACCUCCACUUCAUCCUCUUAACGAAGAAACUUCAUUGACGAACGAUAAUUACAGACAAAAUGAAGAUAAUAAAUUUACAGGUUUGUUGCACAAUCGAGAAAAGCAAGAAAUAAAAACUGUCAGGAUCGUUAAACGAGAAUCCGAGAGACGUCAAAGAGAUCGAGGAGAUAGAAAUGGUAAUAUUGGGAUUCCAUUAACGAACGGACUUCAGGCGCCUGGUGGAGCAAAAAGAUUGUCCGACGAUGACAUCGCUGGUUCCCAAAAAUUCGAAAAGGCCCAAUUGGGUAAAGUCGUUGAAGAAGCACCAAUCGUUCAUGCUCAAAGUACCGUACAUUUGACCGAGCUUGACGACAUACAAUUCCAAAGAAGCAUGUCUCUUCCACGAGGAUUUGGUGGUCAACGACAUCAACCGGGUGUUCAUCAUAUUCCCGUUGCUCCACCACCCCGCAGCGAUAGCAUGCACGCUCUUAAAACGAUCAUGAUGCGAAGACAUAAGGUCAAGUUUGAAAAUUACGAUGGAAGCUCCGAUAGCACGUUAUCACCACACGUCGAUAGUCCUACGUCGAGUUCGCAGUUGCCAAUUAUUUUGCCAAACUACUCGAGUUCGCCUUAUAAUAAUUCAACUCAUCAAAAUUAUUAUUCUGGACAAACUACGAGAGGAUUGAAUCAACAACAACAACAACAACAACAACAACAACAGCAACAACAACGAUACUAUUCGCCACAUUUGCAAUACGAAAAUUCAACGUUAUUUGCGAAGAACUCGAUAGCAUUGAGUCCUGAACCAGUAUCACCCAAUAACGUUGGUGGUGAUGUACCUGUAGACAGGUCAACAUUAGGUUCUAUAGUUAAUGCUAACAGCACGCCGGUAUCACCCCAAUUGUCUCCAGUGUUUAAAAGCGAAGCUGCUAAACAAAUUAUCAAAGAGAUGACUGAGAGAAAAGUUGACGGUCCAAGAAGAAGACAAGUUCCUAAAGAAAAGAGAAGACAUUACACCGUUUCUAGUAGCAAACCCAUUCUAGAUCUCGAGGACAACUUCUCCAGGAUGGGUAUGGGUAGAGCAAGAGACGAUUUGGACAUGGAACAAGCUCUUAGACCUAGAAUCAAUGCUCCGGAUGUUGUUAGAUCGACUUUAAGUCAUAAAGAAUUGAAAUAUAACGAAAGUACGAUCGAUCAACUGUUGGGUACACCAAAUAAGAUUGUCAUUCCUGAACGUUAUAUUCCCGAGCAGACGCCAGAAUUAACGGCAGAAGAACAAGAGCAACGUUUGAAAAAAGCCGAAGCAAUUAGAAAGAUGCUUUCUGAGACUACUACUGUAACUGCACCCGAGGGAACUGAUGACAACAUCAAUCACGAUAAAUCGGACAAAUUGAAACGAAAAGUAGUCGAGGAAAAACGACAGAGAGAACAUAUUCUUCAAAUGAAUCAAAUUCUUGCUAAAGAAGUCAUGGAGAAGAGUAAAAUGGUAGCUGUCAAAGCAUUGGCUACACUUCCAUUGAAGACUGAAUCGAGUAUGGAUGAAGAAGACCUCUCACCUGUUACACCGUUGCCACUCUAUCAACAAAGGGAAAAUUAUUAUUCCUAAAUUUAUUAUUCAGAUGUCAAAUGGAAAGGCAAAACGACGGAUCUCAUUUUUACUCGUCGAUCAAGAAUAGGGAUGAAGAAAAUGAAGUAGUCAAACAAAAGCACAAUCAAUAAACUACUGCCAAAAUGAGACGCCCUAUAAACAAAAAAUAAAUACGAAUAAAUACAAGGACAGGAAAAAAUUAAUUAAUUUAUUACUUGUAUAGAGAAAAAAAACAACAUGAUCGUGUCGAGAUACACGAAAAAAACACCAUUGAUAUCCUAUGUAAUUUAGAAUAUUGAUAUGGGACCGCGAUGAAAUAAAUAAUGGCAGUUAUUAUUAUAAUAAUAAUUAAGUUAAUGCAUUAGAAAUUUAGCAAUAAUCGUAGUUGUUAAGGUACAAUAAUCGCACAGCAUUUAAUGGUAUUUAAUUGAAAAUACAGCAGUUGCCAUAAAUACAUAUUAAAAUAUAAUAUAAAUAUAUAUAUAUAUAUAUAUAUAUAUAUAUAAAUUUCGCAUAGUAAUCCAUGAAAGAAGGGAAAGAAAAUGAUUAUGAUUACGUUCCUCUUAGACAUUAUCGAAUUGAAUUUUUUCAUCUGCGACGGAGAACGUUUAGCAUAAACAAAAAAAAAGCCUAAAUAAAUGGAAUAAAAAACGGAGUGCCAAAAAAAUUAGGGCAAUUUAAUGAGCGCAGGUGCUACGAGACUAUUGUCAAUUACAGAUCAAUCGUAAUUGCGUCAGCGCAUUAAAAAACGAGUAUAAAUCAUUCGGCGUAAAUCAUUCGAAUUAAAAAAAAAAAAAUUAAAAAAAAAAUG